AUGUCUCUUGAUCAAGUCGGUGAUGCUACUAUUACAAAGAGACGGAGUAGAGUAAGUUCACUUGAUCGCCACAUACAUGGCUGGUCCUGGCAGUCGUUUCCAAUUGGAAUGGGGACGGGCGCUGUCUUUGUGACGCUCUCUGGAUUGAAAGAGCAUCCUAGUUGGCUGACGUCGGUGGAAACCGGGUUCUGGUCUUUGAACAUGGCCAUUUUCCUGUUGAACGUCGUCACACUGUCUAUCCAAGCGCUAGAGUUCCCUCAUAGAGCUUGGAGUUUAUUACAAGAUCCGGUAGAAGGGCUUUUCCCUCCGAUGAUGGUGCUAUCAUUUGCCACGAUCAUUAUCGGCACUGUCAAUUACGCAGUAGUCAACGGACCUGCCAGCCCCAACGUCGUAUAUGUUUUAUUUUGGAUUUACGUGGGCCUGUCUCUGGCGACUUGCUUCCCAAUGCUUAUGAUCUGGUUCAACCAACCUCACGAUAUAUUGCGCUUCACACCGGGUUAUGCUUUUCUAGUGUUCCCUCUGAUGCUUACCGGGGUUGUUGCAUUCAAUAUUCUGAGGGUUAUGGACCCUUUAGACUCUAGAGCAUUGGGAGUCUUGUUUGUCGGGUACUUUUUCCAAGGCAUGUCUUGGAUUCUUCAUGACCUUCUUCUAUCUUGGUAUAUAUCUGUUGCGACGGGCUUUAUGGAGGGACACCAGGCCAAUAGUGCAUUUGUUGCUUGUGGCCCUCCAGGUUUCACGGCCCUUUCCUUAAUCAAUUUAGCCGACCACGCUAGUGCUAUUCUACCGGCGCACGGCAUCAUAUCCAAUACCGCUGGAGAUAUUUGGUAUGCUGCAAGUGUGAUGGCAGCCCUUUUGCUCUAUGGCUUGGCCGUCUUCUUCUUUUUCCUUGGAAUUAUACCGUACUGGUUCAAGCUCCACAAGAGACUGGAUCAGAUCUUAGCAUGUUGGGCUUUGACAUUUCCGAAUGUGGGAUGGAUCUCCACCACAGGUGUUCUCGGGAAGAUAUUGAAUGUACAAGGCCUGUUCAUUGUCCAUAUCGUGAUGGACACUCUUCUGUUUCUCACUUGGUUGGUCUUGAUCGUCCUGACUGCCAAGGCGAUUUGGAAGGGCCUCAUCUUCAACGCAAAAGAUGAGGACGUACUCAAGGAUUCCAUUUUUUCUGUGAACGAGAAAUUUACUGCGGAUAACCACUCGGAUGCCGGCACUCUGGUUUGA